GAAAACGCCAGGACCACUACACAAUACCAGUUGCACUAACAGUACCGCUUUCGCCUAGCCACAUCCACAACCGCUUACUAGAUAUUAAUAACCACUAACAGCCAACUGUUAUAUAAACCAGAGCCUCUGUGCCUUUCCCUCGCAACUUGUUCAUAUCACUCCUUGUACGCAACUUGUACUACCCCGUUUCACAACUCAGCUUUCAUGGAUCGCUUCUUUGCCCCAAACACUUCAGAGGCAUUGGCCCACACCCAUUUAACCGAAAAUUGGUUCACCUGGGACCAAGACCAUCCUUCAUUCAACGAGACCCUCGUUGCAGGAUGUGCAUCCUAUCAAGCAUUUACGCGCUACCUCUCAGGUUCUGACCUAUUCAUCGUACCUCGGUCCCCUCGUGAGCUCGAAGGUGUUUUGCGGCGUUACGCGUAUGAUAGCAUACACAAUGCCAUAGCGGUCUCACGGCAAACUCUUCAAAGAGGUGGAUACAGCCGAAUGUGCUCCCUCGCAGAAAAGUCAAUACGCGACGUUCUAAAUACGAAUGACAAUGCAACUGUCUUACUCGAUUUGCAUACGCCUCAACCCGAGACUUUCACAGGAUCGGAUGUGACGCUGCCUAAUACAAACACCCGCAUCAGGACUUAAUGCCAGUUUCAUCGCAUCAGCUCGCUUUGUUCAACCUUUUAUCCUCGGCUCCCCACUGAUAUUUUUUUCCACUGUGGCUUGCUGGGAUCUUUGUUUUCGUUAUCCUCCCGAUCUGGUUAUAUAUACUCGCAUCUGUAGCAUUCCCCGCAACGACCUACCUUUACUAUGCAGUCUGUAUGUACUACUACAAUUUAAUCACUUCUUGACUCGAUCCAUUA